AUGACAUUGCUGAGGCUUCGAGGGCUGCUGUCUUCGAUAAUCGCUUGCCUGACUAACAACCGGUCGUUUCUCCGUCACUAUGCCAUUGGCACGAGCUUUUCGGCCAAAGCCUCUGUCUGUCCUUGGAAAGCAUUCUGCAAAAGGGUCUCAGGAUCACUUCAUCCCAACAUCCGGACUUCAGCUCUUGUCCGCAAUUCGACGACGAGACCUCUCCCCGACCAGACUCAAUCGUUCGUACACAACUUUCUUCGGACCACGUCCGAUGAUGGCGAUGCCGGUACCCGUAGGUCGGAUUACCUUAAUGCAGUCGACUAUGUGUGUCUGGCCUGUGUAGUGUCACGUCACCAAAUGCGCCGUCGAGCUGCCGGGACUCUCUCACCGACAGUAAGAACCUUCGAUGUGCUCUAUCUCACGCCACCUCGCCGGAAACGCACAUUCGGCACGAGGCGAGACUCAAAGUCUCUCGAUGUUGUUUGCCAGAUCCGUGCCGACACCUUUUGGCUCAUCGAAUCAGCAACCAGGAAUCCCAGACAGCAAAUCGCCCUCUACAUGAGCCUCUUCAAGGGAUCGUUCUUUGUCUUCUGUUUCUAUUUUCCAUCUGUCCGAUUGACACUUGGUUAG